AUGACCACCGUCAUUACCGCGACCAUGGCCACUGCCACGACCGCUACGGAGACCAGUACCGAGACCACUGCCGCCGCCACAACCACCGCUCCGGUCGCCUGUGUUUCGAGCAACCUGACCAACUCGAUAUGCCACACGCCCGUAAGGAAUCGACGGGUCGAGUUCAACGUGCUCAACGUCGUCCUCGGCACCUUUACCAUUUCCAUCAUCAUCAUCCGUCUCGGCUUCAAGCGUUUCUACAGCGCGAGGCGAAAGCUGAGCGCCGAUGACUGGACCAUCGCCAUGGUCAUCCCCUUCGGCCUUGCUACCAUCGGCGUCCUCAUCUUCGGCCUGACCUGGUACGGCAUGGGCGAAGAUGUCUGGGGCUUGCAGCCGGACGACCUUCCCAAGUUCGGCCUUCACUUCUGGAUCGCCGAGCUUGGCUACACCAUUCUCAUGACGCUCAUCAAGACGGCACUCUGCCUCUUCUACCUCGGCAUCUUCAUCUCCACCAUCGUCCGCCGCAUCCUGUGGGUCACCGUCGUCAUUCAGGUCCUGUGGGGCAUCACCAUUGCCGCCGUCAUCGUCUUCCAGUGCACGCCCAUCAGCUUCUACUGGGAGAAGUUUGACCUCAUCAACCGCGCUUCCGGCGGUUGCAUGUCCAGCGCAAACCAGCUGGCCUGGGCCUUUGCCGGCUUCAGCGUCGCCAUCGACCUGUGGCUGUUGGCCAUCCCCCUGAGCCAGCUGGGCAAGAUGAAUCUGCAUUGGAAGAAGAAGAUUGGUGCCGCGCUCAUGUUUCUCACCGGUGCCAUCGUCACCAUCAUCUCCGUCCUUCGACUUCGAUCUCUCGUCCACUUCAACGACGCCGUCAACCCGACGUGGAACGAGUGGGACGUCGUCUGGUGGUCGACCAUCGAGCUCAACGUCGGCGCCAUCUGCGUCUGCUUGCCGGCCAUUCGCCUCGUCCUGCUGCGUAUGUGGCCUCGCGUGUUCAGCACCGACACCCAACGCAGGAACUAUUACUACGCGAAGCGGCCCGGCACCUUUGGGAGUGCCAACUCGACCAACCCCGGAUCGAAGCCGGUGGUGGAUGCUGCGACGGGAUUGGGAACGACGUUCGAAUCGCCUUCGUCCGUUCGAAUACAAGUGCAUCACGACGAAGAGUUGGAAGACUGCGAACUCGGCAGCUCGCCGGCUUCCUUCACCCUGAACGACGCGCUUGUCCCGGAGAGACCGUAA